AUGCGAAAGUUGGAAUGGGACGACAUGGGAGUGAAGGUCGACGGUCGGCAGCUACACCAUUUGCGCUUUGCUGAUGACAUCGUACUGAUAACACCUAGCAUCAGCCAAGCGGAACGAAUGCUGACCGAAUUCGACGAGACAUGUGGAUGCAUCGGUCUUCAGCUGAAUCUAGACAAGACGAUGUUCAUGCGGAACGGAUGGGUCUCGGAUGCCCCAUUCACGCUCAACGGAACGAACAUAUCCGAAUGCAUCAGCUACGUUUAUCUAGGUCGGGAAUUGAACAUGAUGAACGGCCUGACUCCCAAGCUGGGCAGGAGGAGACGAGCGGCUUGGGGAGCAUACAAGAGUAUCGAGGAUGUAGUGAAGAAGACCAGGAGCACCCUGCUCCGUGCUCACCUCUUCAACACCACGGUGCUUCCUGCUUUGACCUAUGCUUCGGAAACCUGGGCAUUUCGCAAGCAGGAAGAGAACGGAAGACCGCCAACCCGAUGGUCAGAUUUCUUCACGAAGUCCUUCAAAGAAAAGUAUGAUGCUCUUCGUGUCCCACGCGAAAGGAGGAACCACUGGGCUACUCUGGCACGCGACCGGGACAAAUGGAAGAAUUACUUGCGCCCGCUCGAACAGUUCAAAGAUCAACGGGAGUCAAGGUGA